AUGGAACAGCAAAGAACUAAACAAUCAAAUCGUUCAUUACGUCGAAAUAAUUUAAAUGAAAGUAUUACACUAUUGUCACAAAGUACUAAUGAUGUUCAGAAUAGUGGAUGCGAAAAUGAGACUUUUCAGCACCAUAAACCGGUCAUGACGAUACCAUCUAAUCAACUCUCGUCUACGCCUUCAUCAGUAGGAAAACAUCGACUCCUACUGGAUAUGCCGAGCCCGUCAAUAAUGUUAAUACCCAUACAGGAUCACCGUCAAAUUGUUGCUGAUAAUGAUGAUUUAUUUUUAACAAGACAACUAUUAUCACAACAGAAAUCAACGAGAAAACGAACAUAUAACCAAACAACAAUAGAGAAUGAUAACGAUGAACAAUUAGUGUUGCACGACGAUUAUUUUAAUCAACGUCAGCAACAGCUAACGAAUCAUCUAUUAAGCAAACGUACUCGUUAUGAAAAACUCAAUGAAGUUGAAAAUCAACCACCAAUAAUAAAGCAUAAAUCAAUGCAUCAGAAACAACAAGAACAACAACAAAUGGAUAGUUUGAAUAGUUAUAUACACGAUGAACUCGCUAGACAAAAUCGUGGACGAUACCCAAUGACACAUGACAUGCCUCCAUCAUAUUUUCCAAGUCAAAUUCCAUUAUCAAAUUUCAAUUCAUCAUUAUUUUCUGUAGAUCAGACAACAAACUGGAUAAAACAUCCGAUUUCAUAUUAUCGUACAAACAGUGCACCAAACCAUUAUCCUCGUCUACCUCAUUCACAACAACAACUACAGACACCAGCAUUUCCAUAUCGACGUGAGAUUCCCAUUGAUGUAGUGAGAUCAUUAUCACCAACAUUGACAGCGUAUGAUGAUGAUGAACAAGCAAUAUUGCGAAAUAUCGUACCAACUACUAGUCAAAUGAACAGUAUGCUCAUGAGACGGAAUGAAAACAGUAUUAAUACAACCACAACAUUAACAGCAAAUAACAAAAACGAUUGUGUUCGUAAUGGAAAUAUAUCGCCAACGUAUUCCGAAACAUCGAGUGAAACCUCAUCAACAUGUUCAUCAGAUGAAAAUUAUCUGAUUCAACAACGGUGUCGUGCAAAUUCCAUCGGACGAAAUGCACAUUGGCGUACUUAUCGGGAACGAGAAAAUUAUGAAGCGUUACUUGAUCUAGCUGAAAAAUUAUCUGAUCCAAAUCGUUUUAAUCAGUUCGAUGUACGUCAAUUUUUCUCCUAUCGUUAUAAAGCACCGAAUACGAGUACAAGUUGUGAUGAAGUUCCAACCAUUCGUCGUAGCGGUCGAAUAAGUCCUCAAAAUCGUCAUACAAUAACGCCUCCGAUAAAUCCAACGUCAUCGACUCAAACAGCUUGUGUUAUUUGUAUGUGUCCAUUUAAAAAUCGUCAGUGUAUUCGACAGUUGCCAUGUGGGCAUGAGUAUCAUUCAAAAUGUAUUCAAAAAUGGUUAGAUAUGAAUAAUACAUGUCCAUUGUGUCGACAAGACUGGCGUGGUCUGGUCUAUCAAACAAUGUAA